AUGUCGCGAACCGCCAAUGCCUUGCUACGCCGCGCUGCACCAGUACUGCGUCUCUCUGUACUGCAGUCAGCUCGCUCGCCAUGCCUUCGCAGAGGAUUUGCCCAAGAAACGAGCUUCCCGAAGCCAUUGAAGCUGAAGGGCGUUCUCAAGCCUCUGAAGCAGUUCAUGGUGACGCCUACUGUGGGUACCGAGUUUCCAGAAGCAAAUCUGGUUGAGAUGCUCAACGCACCCAAUUCAGAUGAGCUACUUAGAGAUCUCGCCAUCACAAUAUCACGACGCGGAGUCGUCUUCUUCCGCGGCCAGAAUAACAUGACCAAUGAUCUCCAAAAGACAUUGAUCCAACGUAUGGGCGAGCUAGUGGGAAAGCCGAAGGAAUCAACCCUACACAUCCAUCCCGUGCUCAACCCCCAGAGAGCAUUGGGUGGCGAUGACCUCCACAUCAGCACCAUCAACUCCAAGCAGAGGAUAAUGGCCCAGGGCAAGUCCGCAUCUGGCUAUGAGGUCUACGACCGCAUCAGCGAACCCAUGCGCAAGUUCCUGGAACAACACACUGCGAACUACACCGCACCAUUCUUUGAGAAGAUUAUCAAGAUGAAAAAUCUUCAAGUGUACACUGACGCCCGUGGUCACCCCGAAAGCAUUGGCAACCCUCUGAAGGCAGUACACCCGGUCGUCCGCACGAAUCCUGUAACUGGAUGGAAGAGCGUUUUCGCCAUCGGCGCAUACCCUGGUUCUAUCAAUGGCCUGACUCCUCCAGAGAGCGAUAUGAUCCUGAACUGGCUGAUGGACAUGGUGCUCCGCAACCACGAUCUACAGUGUCGCUUCAGGUGGCAAGGUCCAAAUGACAUGGCUAUCUGGGACAACCGCAGCAUGGUGCACAAUGCUACCAUGGAUUACGAUGAGUUUGGUGAUCGGUUCGGAUACCGCGUGUGCGGCAUUGGAGAGAAGCCCUACUUCGAUCCAAACAGCAAGUCGAUGCGCGAAGGAUUAGCUGAAGAGGCGAAGGAGGAGUCUUCAUGA